AUGAUCGCCCCCACUUCUAGCCCCAAAAACCGCGUGAUGGUCGCCACGGGACUGGCAACCCCCGUGACCACCCAAGAGCGCGCCGAACUCUACGGCGGCGUCGCAUACCUUUUGCUCACGCUGUGCGGGACAGUCUGGUACAUGUUUCUGCUCAGCCCAACGCCGUCCAACAACUUUCCACUUCAACGUCAGUGGCUACGAGACGUUUCUCAUCGAUGUCGUCAACACCAAAUUGUCGGCGUCCGGUCAAUUCCGCUCGUGGACUUGUUCUCGGCGGACGCUGCCGUGCCCAAAGACUACCCGACAAGCGUCAUGCAGGCAGACUUUGCCGCCGCCUACUCCCGCCGCGUUUUUUUAUCCGAGCACGCCAGCGGGGCACCAGUGGUUGAACGACCGUCCCACCUACGCGAUGCAGCUUCCCAUCGCCGGCGAAGUGAAGACACGAGGUACGACUUGACGUGGCAGAUCCAGCUCGUUGUUGGAAUCACGGAAACCGUCGAGAAUGCGCUGGGAUUCGGAAGCGCCAUCAAGUCGCUGCCCGUCGUGUAUGGCACGUGGACAUCACUGAUCUUAUUCUGGAACUUCCUCAACAACAUGUACACAUGUUACUACUUCAACGCGAGUCUAAUUCGAGGAUCGGACAACCACUUUGGCAUGAUCGGUUUGCCCAUCGAAGACCCGUAUGGGAUGCAAGACGCCGACGGCAACUAUGUCGACCAGUCCCCCCCAGCCCCCCUCUUGGCCUUGAUAACUGACUUUCACACUGCGUUGUUUGGCCAAGCGUGGGUCAACCCGGCGUACAACGCCCCCACGUCGUUUCCCCAGAAACAGCUGUCGUACUAUGAUAAUUGCGGGUCCCAAAGCCAAUUUAUAAUCAUCGCGACCAACCAAGCGCUGGUGUUUGCCCUCUUUGCCAGCGGUGCUAUCGAUAUCUACAGCAUCUGCGCCCUGCAAGCGAGUGACGGCUGUGACGCUGCGCUCAUCCAGGCGAAAGCAAUCGUUGACGCCCUUGGCCCCUUGUUGCCGUCCCCCGUCGUCGUGGCGGACGUCGUUGGGCAACUCCCAGGCAUCCAUUUCUUUCAGUACGCGCAAAACACGUCCUCCAACGACUAG